CGUCGUGCCAGAAAUGAUAGCUGCGUCUUCUUUAUACAUGUACUUUGCACUAAGCUGAUUAGACCCAAUUGUCCAGAGCAAGUCCAUUCUAACAUAUACAAAAAUGGCCGACGUUUUUAGUGGAAGCUAUAAACUAUCAAAGAGCGAUAACUUUGAAGAGUUCCUCUCAGAGCUAGGCGUCGGCGUGAUAAAACGCAAACUAUUCCAAGCCGCCUCGCCAGAAAUCACUCUAAAGAAGGAUGUAGAUGAAUGGCAUGUGACGACGAAAAUUGCAUUAGGAAGCAAAGAUACUAAAUUCAAGAUGGGAGAGGAAUUUGAGGAUACCAGUUUCAAUGGAGAUAAAGUCAAAAGUCUUAUCAUUCAAGAUGGCGACAAGUGGACUCAGGUGCAAACACCGUUUGAUAGCGACAAGGUUACUACUAUUGUUCGCCAAUUUGGAGAGAGCCAGUUUACAGCCAUCAUGACCGUGGGGAACGUCACUGCUGUUAGGAUUUUUAGCCGCCUUUAGAGCGUGUCACCAUGGAAAUGAUGUGUCUGUUUGUAUAGAGGCCACAUUUUAGAAUGUCUGCGCGCAUCAUCCAAUGCGAGAGAGUUGAGAGGGAGAUGAAAGCAUUAGUAUUCUCUUGCUGAAUCAAAAUGCAUAGAUUAUCGCUUUGUAUGAACUCUAUAAUUGAUACCGUAUGUAUUAUUUUCUUAAUUCGUAUUCGUGGCCAUUUCUCCUGGCAAAUCAUUGCUCCCGUGCCAUGUUAUGAUAGAGAGUCGAGUGUUUAUUCCAUCUCGUCCAACGCCAAAAUGCAAACAAAAAAAUGAUUUCGAUUUUAUAUCCAUUACUUAUACGGUUUCAUCUCCACCCGCCCAC